AUGCACAUCUCUAACUCUGUGCUGUUGAUGGCAGCACUGACCGCUGGGUCGACUGUCACUUGUCUUGACGGCUGUGACCAUCACCACGCCCACCUAAGAGAUGUAUUCGAUCUCGAUCUCAACAUUUACCAUCCGACCGAGACUCCCACCCCUGAGCCUCCCGAGAAGCGUGGUGUUGGCGCUUCAGUCUUCGCUACCAUUAACGGCCAGCGGGUUUCCUGGAUCAACGAGUGGUCCGGACAGCAUUCUUUCGAGUCCACCGAGGCCGAAUCCACCGCCACUCCGACCUCAACUGCCACUCCAACCUCCACCGCCACCGGCGAGGCCGAAGCCAACUCCUCCAUAAGCCCUACCCCUGCUACCUCCAGCAACUGGGCAAACUACCCCUCCAACGGCGAAUACUCCAUCGACGGAUUCGGUGCUUCAACCGCCAGCAAGCACGUGGGCACCCUCGACUGGGACUAUAUCGGCAACGUCGGCAGCCCCUGGGGUAGUAACAUAAUCCAAGUCAGCGGCGACAAGGCUAGUCAGUACAAGCACAUCAUCCGGUUUGAGAACGACAACCCCAAGGCCUGGAACGUCGUGAUGUGGAAUUCCUACGGUCCUAGUGGUGGCCUAAACGGUUUUUGGAGCCCUAACAAAGCCCUGAGUUUCACCGUCGAGCCCGACCAAAGUAUCUUCGUCGCCAUCGACGACGACUCGCAGGGCGGAUGGGGUGCCGCAGAAGGCGAGGGCCUGCCAGUCAACUACGUCGGCGAGUAUUCCUCCACCUGGGGAGAGUUCGACAUGAGCAACUCCCAAAACGAUGGGUUCUCCGGCUGGGACGUUUCCUGCAUCGUCGCCGAGCUCGCCAGCAUGGAUAUCGCCGGUAUGAAAAUUUGCAAUCACGCCGGUGAGAAGUGUUCUUCCAUUACCCAGGGUGCUGGAGCCAUCGUCAGCGCCUACACCUCCGCCUUCCAGGGCAAGAAAGAUAAGGCUGUUUCCCAAUCCGCUGGACCCGUUCGUCUCGUCGUCAAGCUCGGCUGGUCAGGCUGA